AUGGGCAGUUGGAGAAAUCAGACAAUUGGAACAGAUUUUAUUCUACUAGGACUAUUUUUCCAUAUACAAGUCCCCAAGCUUCUCUUCACAUUCAUCUUCCUGGUGUUCCUCAUGGCUCUUGCUGGAAAUGUUGUGAUGAUGAUGCUCAUUUGGUUGGAUGCACGACUUCACACUCCCAUGUACUUCCUUCUAAGCCAACUAUCUUUCAUGGACCUCUUGUAUACCUCCACUUUUGUCCCCAAGAUAGCUGUUGACUUCUUAUCUGGAAGAAACACCAUUUCUUUUAUUAACUGUGGAAUUCAACUGUUCCUCUUCACGGCCCUCGUCGGAGCAGAGUGCCUUCUCUUGGUAGUCAUGGCUUACGACCGCUAUGUGGCAAUAUGCCAUCCACUUCGCUACACAAUUCUCAUGCGCCCUGCAGUCUAUGGACUCAUGGUGAUUGGAACCUGGCUGGGAUCGCUACUCAAUGGCUUGGUCCAUGCAAUAUAUAUUCUGAAUCUUCCCUACUGUGCUUCCAGGGAAAUACAUCAUUUCUUUUGUGAGAAUGUAGCUCUCCUAAAGCUUGCUUGUGCAGACACAUCUCACUAUGAAAAUGGUCUUUUUUUCAGUGGUGUUGUGUUCCUCCUCAUUCCAAUAUCAGUCAUCAUGGUCUCCUAUGGAAAAAUUCUCUCAACUGUUUUGGUAUUAGGUUCAAAUUCAGGGGUGAAAAAGGCUCUGGCUACUUGUUCUUCCCAUAUGAUUGUGGUGUGUCUUUUCUUUGGAACAGCCAUCAUGAAGUAUGUUCUUCCCAAAGCCUAUCAUACAGCUGAGCAGGAUGAAGUUCUUUCCGUCUUCUACACUCUCCUCACUCCCAUGCUUAAUCCCCUUAUUUAUAGUCUUCGGAACAAAGAUGUGGCUAAUGCCCUAAAGAAAGUACUUGGAAGGUGA